AUGUUUUAUGUUCCCAGGAACACCACUGGAGAAUACGUGAGCCUGGUUACAACUGUGCCAACCUGGGUGACAGUAAGCACACCACAGGAUGAAAGUGACUGGGUGAACUUCGUACAAACAAUCGAGAAGGCUUAUUUGAUCACGUGGAUCCUGGAAUGUAUUAUUGCCCUGGUGGGGCUGGCAGGAAAUGCAGUUGUGCUCUGGCUCCUGAGCUUCCAUAUUCAGAGGAACGCUUUCUCCGUCUACAUCCUCAACUUGGCAGCAGCCGAUUUUGUCUUUCUCUUCGUCUGGAUGACAUUGUCCAUUAGAUCAUUCUUCACAGGAUUAGAGUUUUACAAUGAAUACACUCUUCUAUUUUUGAACAUAAAUAUCUUUCCCUAUAUUGCAAGCCUGAGCAUUAUUACUGCCAUUAGCACUGAGCGCUGCCUGUCUGUCCUAAAGCCCAUCUGGUACUAUAGCCACCACCCAAAAUACUUAUCUGCUGUUGUGUGUGCCCUGCUUUGGGCCCUGUCCCUGCUCCUAAGCAUCCUGAGAAUGACAUUCUGUGGCCGCCUGAGUCGAAUAUAUGAUGGCUAUUUGUGUGAGCUAACUGAUCUAAGCAUUGCCACAUGGCUGCUUUUCUGCUCUGUGCUUCUAUUUGGAUCCAGCCUGGCGCUGCUGACCAGAUUGCUGUGUGGCUCCCAGAAGAGGAAGCUGACCAGGUUGUAUGUGACCGUUGGGCUCACAGUGCUGGUCUUUCUCAUCUGUGGCCUACCUUGGGGCAUCCGCUGGUUCCUCAUAUCCUCGAUAACAACGUGGUUUGGUAUACAAAGCUUUAGAUUUCGGCUAGCGGCAGAGAUACUCUCCUGUUUCAAUAGCUGUGCCAACCCCAUCAUUUAUUUCUUUGUUGGCUCUUUUAGAAAGCAGAAAAAACAGCAAAGAAGGAGUCUCAAAAUAAUUCUGCAGAGGGCUUUGCAGGACAUUCCUGAGGAAAACGGAAGUGAAGGCCGCCCUCCUCAGGAGACUCUGGAAAUGUCAUGA